AUGCUGAGCGGCUCACUUCCACAUAUCUCCCCUCAUCGGCGACAGGUCUCGCCCUCCAUCUUCAAUGGUAGCCAGACUGAGAACCUUGGCUCACAAGUUCGUAAGCCUUCCAAGGCUGAUGGUGUUGAUGAGAACGUUGAGCCAAGGCCCGGGGCCCUGAGACGUGUUUCGGCAUCCAACCUGCAGCCCGCUCCUCUUGCGGCGGAACCUGACAGCAAUGACGAGAUUGCGUCGUGCCAGCAACCACCGAGUCACUUGACCAAAGACAAGAAGAUCAGUCUGAAGCUCCGCAACCACCCGAGAGCCCCUCCCACGUCAACCCAGUUACGUCAAGUACAGCCUGGUUUCAAUGGCCAAGAGGAAGGGCUGCCAAACCCUUCGCAAUGGAGCACCGCCAGAAACGUAUCCAGAUCCAGCAACGGAUCGCCACGUCCAUACAGGUUUUUAUUAGACAACCCAUUUCCAUCCCUAGAGUCUCUCACCCUGAGCGGUGGCAACGUCGAAAACCUUCUGAACAGCGAGGUUCCCUGGACCGUCGGGCGCUCCUUCAGACAUGGAUCACUCGAGUUGGACUAUACCAGCCAGGAUGCCACCUGCACCGCGGUCAGAAGCACCUCGUCCUCAUAUCCAACCGAGGGCCAACGUUCCUCCGAAGAUGCCGCCAGCCCGCCGCGCGGGUCCAUACGUGACAGGUGGUUCGUGUCGUUGGGCCGGUUCAGCAAGCCUUAUGGUCGACUUUCGUUGCUCUUCCGAACAUCAUCCUCCUCCGGAUAUGGCCAAAAGGCACAUGAAACAUCUGAUGAGGACAAUCAAUCUGAACAGGAUACGGCCACCACAGUAGAUAGUUCCGACGAUGUUUUUACAAUCUCAGCUGAAGAACCCAAAGAUAACGCUACCUUGCGAAUCAAUGAGCCGACAACUGCUGACAAUGGCAUAUCGGGUCACCACGUCCCCGAGGUACAAGAGAUCAAUUCUCCCACCCUUAGUGUGUAUAGACCUUUCCCGAAGGUUGAACCUCCAAUAAGGAGUAUGGAAGUGGUGACUCCUCGGAAACUACAGAGAAGCAGCAUCCACGGUAGUCUUUUUGAGGGCCUUGAGAAAGUCAACCUCGGUGCAACUGCUUUGUCAACUGAACCGCUAUUCGAGGGUUCUCCCCAAACCGCCGACAGUGCUGCCGCCGUACAGAAUACUGAUGAGAAGCUCGUCAUGGUAAAUCCAUCCGAAGUCAGUCUGAAAUGCGAAGCCCGAAGUCGUUCUGACAGUCGACGCCUGCGGGGCGGCGGUGGGCUGAAGAAGCUCAAGCUCAAGCUGGAAAAUAGUAGACUGGGAAGAUACUACCGCCACACAAUGAGGAGACGUACUUCUCAUGACCUCGAUAUAUCCGAGGGUCAGAAACGGAGAUGCACGAUGCGCAAGGAAAAAAUACAUUGGUAUCAGCCAUGGCGUCGCGUAAAGUGGUUCAAGGACGCUCAGUACCGCAAGGAACCCAGGGCAACCAACGGAACUCCAAGGCCCCAGAGCUCCGGUGAUGGUGCUUCUGAAUGUUCAAUCAUGAACUCAAAUGAAAAAUCUAAAGGAGGUCAAACAAACCCUCAGAGGCAGGGCUCCCGGUUUCGGACAGAAUUUGACGCAAACGGGGGGCUGUUGAUAAACCAAGAGCCAAACCAAGGCGCAUUACAUCGUGCAAACUUGCGGGCAGGCAUGGGCGUUCAUCUUGAGCAGAUUGUUGAGGUGUCGUCCGAGUUUGAGCGAAGCAUACAAGAAGAAGCAGUUGGCACUACUACGGCCGAGGCCACCCCUCCUGAGCAGCAACCAUCUCACCCUCUUGCACGGAGUUCGGAAAUAGUCAAUACUGGGAACACAAGAGUAGAUGAGCCGCCGCUUUCAAAGGUCUCGGACGAGCAAGCGGGUUCAGAAGCCGAAAUUUUGUUGGUUCCGGGCUUGGUCAGUGCUGAUACGCUUGUUUCUGGAGUGCAAGGAGCUGCAACGCCAAUCCGGUCUGCUUCUCGAGCCGCCACUGUCACGAGCACUGGAAUUGACAGCCUAACGAACGAGAACAAUUUCGACGACGAUGCUGGCUACUUGCUCUCAACUGAUUCAAUCAACUCAGCCACGUUUCCUUUCUCAGAGCCCAUUUGUCGGCACAAUAAUGUGGUUGCAGGUUCAUCUUUGACGGUGUGA